UCGUGUGAGGUAUCUGAUUAGUGUGGUUUGUGUGUCGUGUGAUCUUUUAUACAAGUUUAUUCCUUCUACCGUCUUCGUGAGAAAGGUUUUAUUUAUUUGCCGAAAGCUUGUCGUCUCGUGUGACGUAAUUCGUGGUUCCGCGUGGCAGAAAUUUGUGUUGCUCAGAGUAACUGCAGAAAUGCCAUAACGUUUAUAAAUGCGUGCAGAAUUUUAACUGGGAAUCUUUAAAGGAAUAGAUCUCUUCAUGAACGUAGAAGUAAAUGGGAGGAUACUAUUAAAAAGUAAUGAAUGUAAAAUUCCUUCAGCUCUGUGGCAGUGGUAUGAACUUUGCGCCGAGUGCGGACGAAAGGGACUUUGUAUUUGACGCAGAAUUACGAGAAAUGCUUUGUUUAAAGUGACGUGAAGUUUGAAAACUGGACAGGGGUGAGCCACGAACGGUUACAAAGAUGGCGGGACCUCGCGCUCGGUUAAAGCGUUUGCCGACAUUUACGGUGUCAAGGGGAGAAGUGCAAUUCAGUCUUCGAACUGUGGACCCCAUGUUUCGGUUCUCUCUCACUCGUCUCGUUGAAACCUCUCCUGCUCCGCCCGAUUCGUCAUCUCCUGGGGCUGAAGCCAGGUUCGCUGCUAGCUGGGACACUCGGUUCAGACAGGAGUGGGUUCGACUCCGGGCGGCAGUACACGAGACCCUCAGAUUCAAGGCAGAGCCGCGUCGAGCGGGUGUGCAGACGAGGCCCGCGUUCUCCCGCGGGCAGUUGAUGUCGCUUCAUAACGACGUCAAAGUUCUUCAGCGUUCGCAGGCCGGCGCCUUCAUAUUUGAGUACUACCAGAACACACUUCUUCCCGCUGCCGCCUGCCUCCUGCUAGACGAAAUUGACCAGGCCUCUCCCGACCUCAGCGCCAGUCUCGUCGCAGCCUGGACGCACUUCUACUGCCACGCCCUCCCUUCGCUCGAGGCCAUCUUCAUUCACGUCAAGAAUCAACGAACGUCCAUCAGACAAGCCACCCUGGUUGCGUUUCGUGACUGCGUGCUUCUGAAACUGUCGGACCGUCUUCAACCCUUGCUGGAGGAAAUGAAUGCUGAAGGUAGCGUUCCGCCCGGAAUCCAACAGAUGCUGCUUGUAUUGCAGAGUGUUAUGGAGUGCUACCCCCCAAGUGAGAAGCGUCUUAAGUUAGAAUCCCUAGUCGCAAGGGUUGUAUCCCCCUAUCUAGGGCACAGGGGCCUAUAUGAAGGUGGUUACCCAAAGCCUGUGAUACCUUCGAGGGAACUGGACGUUGCUCAUCUGAGAAGGCCAAGCGUGGUUGAUCCAAGGCGACUUCAAAGGCCACUCAGUGUCAGCUCUUCAUCUCCUCAUGUCGAAACACUCAGCGACCUCUUCACACUCUCUGCUAACAGAGCAUUUCACAGGAGAGUGGGAAGUCGAGACAACAUAUGGCACUAGUUGAUUUCCGGUUUGAAGUUCGAGGAUGGAUGUGACGUUGAACAACAACCGAUCAUGGCUGACAUCGAACGUUUGCAGUUUUGUACGGAAUAAUUUGAAGUAUUUCAGUGAAGUAAAC